AUCGCACAGCAAGGGAAAUAAACAUAACCAUGAAAAAUACGAUUUUCGGGCCAAAUCUUCAAAACUUAAAAUGUUGGGGACUAAGUAGUUCAUAUUGGAAAUCGAGGGACCGAUCUGGUUAUUUCCUAAACACAAUUGCAGACGUAUCCUCAUACUUUUCGAAUUAGCUGAAAUGGUACCUGAACUGAUGGGUUUUCGUUCCAAACUUUCGAUGCUCGUUUCUCCCUCGUCCGACGUCGAAAUUCGAUUUCGUCAAAACGGUGAUGAUCCUGGGAUCGUCCUCUUCGCAACGGUAACAAAUUUUUGAAGUUUUGUCGAAGUCAACAAAGUCAAUGACGCCGGGUUGGUCUUUGGAGGUCGCCGAUACUAUGAUGUAAAACACGAGUUUCGAGUUAGCUUCCAACGAUUCAAGCUCAAGAAAUUUGUACGAUGGAGAUUCUAACCUUCUAGGCUGAGUUUCAGAUGAGAGACGGGUGGAGAAUUGAUCGACGACCAGAGUUACGUGCGGAGGCGGGAGGCGGUGUAUGCUCGACGCGAACUGAGGCGAGUUGCUGCUUUCGUUGGCCACCGGUGAUUUGAGAUCCCACGCCCUGCUUCUGAUCGAGGUAAGUUGGUGAUGUAGCCUCGGAAGUGAUGAUGAUGGUGUUCGUCGGCUGGUGGUGGCGAUGUGUUUGACGAUGGGGAGAUGGGGUGAUGGCGCUUGGAGGAGUCGACAGGGAGAAGGAAUGGAAGGAAGGCAAUUGGGUUUCUUGUUUAUUUGCUGAGAGAGAACAAAUGGAGCUGCUUCCCCUGUACAACUACUGCCCGGGCUUCCAUUUUUUCAAUUUAAUGGCAAAACUAAUGGGCAAUGACUCCUCUCAUUACAAUUCACGUGAACUCCAUUCUUUCAUCACCUACCAUGAUCCCAAAUUAAUGAAAUCCACACUCACCUGUUUGAGGUUUUUUCUCCAAUGGGAAACAAGUGGGGUGAGGGAAAUAUGAUUGUUGGGGCGGGUUCACGAGAGAGAGAUGGAGAAGUGGGGUGGGGGUGUAGCAGAUAGGGUGGGGUGGGUUCUUGAUUUGUUUUAAUAAUAAUAACAAUAAGUUAUUGACAUUAUUCCUAAUUCAUAAUUGUAACCAUUUCUACGUAAACGUUUAUUCAAUCGUUCACUUACUAUGGUCGAACUCGAACUCAAAUGCCGGGGUGUUACACUAUCUGGGAAGCUGCUGGUGCUGACAGAAUACACUGAAGUAGAAGAUCCCUCGACGGGGCACUGGGAUGGCACCGCGGCCUGCUUCCUCCUGGCCGCAAGCGUUCUUUAACUAUUUUCGGUCAUGACUUUUUGUGAUUCAUGUGCUGAUAGUUUGUUUGACUGUACAAGCUGGAGUUGGGUUGUCCCAGAUUAGGAUGACCAACGAAAAGCUUCAUAUGGCGAAUCUGCGAUGUGGGGUUGAGGCGGAGAAGCUGCGCAAGAGGAUAGGCGAACUGGAGGCGGAGUCGAUCAAAGGACGCACAACUUUUAAGGCGGAAGCGAAAGCUGAGUUGGAGAAGGAACACGCUGACGCCCUGAAAGAGUUGCGAAGCGAGCUAUCUCGCGGUGUCCAGAAGGUUAAUAGUCUGAUGGCUGAUAAGGAGAUCCUGGAGGCUGACUUCUCCCGUCUGCGUGAACGGGUGGAAGAGCUAGAGAAGGAGAAGGGGGAAUCCUCCUUGAAGCACCAGACUGAGGUGGAUGCUGCGGCGAAGUCCGCGGUUGCUACCUAUUUACUAUCUCCCACCUUCCACAAGAUCGACGACUCUAAGCGCUCCAAGGCGAUACAGUAGCUGCCAUUCGUCAUCUAUUUCGUCGUGACCAUCAUGAACUCGAAUGGGACACCGAUGUUGUAUGGGGUGCAGUGGUGGCAUGGGGAUCUUUCGAAAGUGAUGUUAACUCCGAGGACACACAAGCUACUUCCGAGGGCGAUGAGGCUGCUUCCCAAGGCGGGAACGAAAUGUAGAAUGUGUUGCUCUUUGUUUUCAGGACCCUGUUGAACCUUGUCUGU